UGGGAAGGAGCCUUAGCGAGCAGCUCUGCGGCCCAGUGGCUGUUCUCGGCCUUCGGUGGGGACCAAUGCGGUGCGCGGGGCGGGACUUCCGCCUCGCCUAGUUGUUGCAGCCCCGCUCAGACUCCGGCUGUAGGGGACGGUGCGGAUUUUCAGUCAUGAAGUCUGGAUAGGGACUUCUCCCGCAGCAACGCGGCUGACCAGCCUCUUUGUGUUUCGGGGUCAGGCUUCCAGGUAUUUUUGCAGCGAGAUGCUGCUCUCCAUAGGAAUGCUCAUGCUGUCAGCCACACAAAUAUAUACCAUCUUGACCGUCCAGCUCUUUGCAUUCUUAAACUUACUGCCUGUAGAAGCGGACAUUUUAGCAUAUAAUUUUGAAAAUGUGACUCAGACGUUUGAUGAUCUUCCGGCGAGAUUUGGUUAUAGACUUCCAGCUGAAGGUUUAAAGGGUUUUUUGAUUAACGCCAAACCAGAAAAUGCCUGUGAACCCAUAGUGCCUCCACCAGUAAAAGACAAUUCAUCUGGCACUUUCAUCGUGUUAAUUAGAAGACUUGAUUGUAAUUUUGAUAUGAAGGUUUUAAAUGCACAGAGAGCAGGAUACAAAGCAGCCAUAGUUCACAAUGUUGAUUCUGAUGACCUCAUUAGCAUGGGAUCCAACGACAUUGAUGUGCUGAAGAAAAUUGACAUUCCAUCUGUCUUUAUUGGGGAAUCAUCAGCUAAUUCCCUGAAAGACGAAUUCAUCUAUGAAAAAGGGGGCCACAUUAUUUUAGUUCCAGAAUUUAGUCUUCCUCUGGAAUACUACCUAAUUCCUUUCCUUAUCAUAGUGGGCAUCUGUCUCAUCUUGAUAGUCAUUUUCAUGAUCACAAAAUUUGUCCAGGAUAGACAUAGAGCUAGAAGAAACAGACUUCGUAAAGAUCAACUUAAGAAACUCCCUAUUCAUAAAUUCAAAAAAGGAGAUGAGUAUGAUGUAUGUGCCAUUUGUUUGGAUGAGUAUGAAGAUGGAGACAAGCUCAGAAUCCUUCCUUGUUCCCAUGCUUAUCACUGCAAAUGUGUAGACCCUUGGCUAACUAAAACCAAAAAAACUUGUCCAGUCUGCAAGCAGAAAGUUGUUCCUUCUCAAGGCGAUUCAGACUCUGACACAGAUAGUAGUCUAGAAGAAAACGAAGUGUCAGAACAUACCCCUUUACUUAGACCUCUGGCUUCUGUCAGCACACAGUCAUUUGGGGCGUUGUCAGAAUCCCGCUCACAUCAGAACAUGACAGAAUCUUCAGACUAUGAGGAAGAUGACAAUGAAGAUACUGACAGUAGUGAUGCAGAAAACGAAAUUAAUGAACAUAGUGUUGUGGUCCAGCUGCAGCCUAACGGUGAGCGGGACUACAACAUAGCAAAUACUGUUUGAUCUUCAGGGGUGAUUGGGUUAUUUCCCUUUAAAAUGUUUACUUAGGUCUAUGAUUUGAUUUUUUUGCUCCUUUCAGAGAUUCCUGUAGAAAUAACUUACUUUUUAUUGUUCUACAGUUUAAUCAGAUUACUGAAACAGGUUUUUUUGAUCUGGUAUUUAUCUGCAGGGGUGUACUUCAUUUCACCAAUAACUAGUAAUAGACUGGUGCUGUAAGUCAGGCAGCCAAUCAACUCUCCUUUUGGAAUGAAAUAAAGCCACAACAUUAAAAAAAUUACUCAGUAUAGCUUUCAGCUAAGACCUAGAUCACAGUUAUGCAAAUGUUUCGUUGUUAUUACACACAAGGUCAAUGCUGUGGCCACCUAGCAUGAGCUAAACCAACUCCCUUCUCCAUCAAGUUACCUAUAGAGUCAUUGAGUUGGAACAUGAUCGUUCUGUUAUUUGCCCAAAUUGCUGUUAGUGGGAUGCAACAAAGUAAUUUAGCAUUUUUCCUAUCAGCACCACAAAGAACGCUUUUUCCUUUCUAUUCCGAAGUAGUCUUAUCCUGAUAGGAGUGGACUAUAUUAGUGUGCAAAUUUCAAAGAUUUUUUUUUUAAAGGUUUUGAAUACUACAGUGUUAUGAAUUUGACUCAUCAGCUAAAGUAGUAAGUCUCUGGACUUCACUGAAUUUCGGUAUCCUUACAAGUUUUGUGUUGUGAUUAAACCAAAAGAAAAUGCUGUGUAAAACUACCAAACUUCAGUAACUGUUAAUACUCAGAUCAUAUACCUCUUAAUAAAGAGCAUCUUAUGCUAAUAAGCCCUGCUAAACCAUGUACAGAAGAAACUGUUUAAGUAUUACACCUGAAAAUAAUUGCUUAUGUUUAACAGAACUAAUGUAUUUAAAUAAUGUAUUAUGAAAAGCUAAAUUAUAUUAUACAUCAUUGUAACUAUGUAGAAAAUAAUACCUAAUGUAUAAUGAAAAUGCUAAGAGUUUUUAUAUGACCUUGUAUGAAGGGAGUUUGAAUGUUAAUAAACACAUUUUCCACUUUAAGAA